UGUGUGUGUGUGUGUGUGUGUGUGUGUGUGUGUGUGUGUGUGUGUGUGUGUGUGUGUGUGUGUGUGUGUGUGUGUGUAUGUGUGUGUGUGUGUGUGUGUAUGUGUGUGUGUGUGUGUGUGUGUGUGUAUGUGUGUGUGUGUGAGUGUCAGGUGUUUCAGUUGGAGGUGAAGCUUCAUCCCUGCAGUGACAGGAUCAGUGUGUGUGUGUGUGAUGAGUAUUUAGUCAGGAAAAGAGAAGAACUAAGUGAAUAUGUAUGUGAGUUACCUGUUAGAUAAGGAGAGCGGGAUGUACCCCAAUGCCGUGCGGCACCCAAGCCUCAACCUGAACCCUCAGAACUUCGUCCCUGCCACUCCUCAGUACACGGAUUUUACCGGAUAUCACCAUCAUCACCACCAUCAUCAUGUCCCCGGCUUUAAUGACGCUAACCAGACGAGUUCUGCAUAUCCUGCUCCACCUGCUCCCACUCGUGAAGACUGGACCCCUUACGGCCCCUCAGCUGCCCCGAACCCGUCCUCCAACCCAGGACAGAUCGGCUUCGGGCCACCCGACUUCCCUCCAUCCAACCUGCAGCCUUCGACUCUUCUUCAUCCCUCCAUCAGCUCAACAUCAUCAUCAGUCGCUCCACUCUCACCUGGCGAGCAGCGCAGGAACCCGUACGAGUGGAUGCGCCGGAGCACUGCACCGCCCGUCAACCCAGGAGGAAAGACCAGGACGAAGGAUAAGUACCGCGUGGUGUACACUGAUCAUCAGCGUCUGGAGCUGGAGAAGGAGUUUCACUACAGCCGCUACAUCACCAUCAGGAGGAAGGCAGAGCUUGCCACGGCCCUCAGUCUAUCAGAGAGACAGGUGAAAAUUUGGUUUCAGAACCGACGUGCCAAAGAGAGAAAAAUUAACAAAAAGAAACAGCAGCAGCCACAGGCUUCCACCACCACGCCCACUCCUCCGGGCUCCAACAUCACCAGCAGCAGCGCAGGUCUGGUCUCAUCCUCCAUGCCCAUGACCAUUAAAGAAGAGUACUGAGAUAAAAACAACCCACCGUACACAUCUGUAAUAUUCAUAAUAACAAUGAUAUUCAAUAUUCACAGAAUUCUCACUUGUUGAGUCAUUCUGGACAGUGGAAAACUCCAACGCAUGUUUCUGCGCUUUAUAAAACAGAAAUACAAUAACUCACUGCUGUGCUUUUAGAAGGAAAACUUUUACUAUUCAUAAAACAGUCAUUAAAAAUUUCUUUGGUCAUGUUUGUUUCUGCUGUUAAAACUACAUUCGUUUUGCUGAUUCCACAACCUGAAAUAUUUGUAAAUGCUUUCGAUUCAAAUGUUAAAACCCCAAUAAGUGUAUAUUUUAAAUAUAAUUUGUAUUAAAAGCUUA